UUCAAGCUUGAUCCCGCAAAAUUUGCCAAGGCGGAAACAAAUGGUUGGUAUACAUCUGUUGAGGAUCCCGAGCGCGCGCUCAACCACCCUGGGCCCAGCACACUUGAUUGCAAGUUAGAUUCCGAGUACCUCCUAGAGCGCCGAAAGGGAUAUUUUGUUUUGGCAGAACAUUAUCACAACACGCUAGACCCUUGGCAAGAGUCGCAAGUAUGACGGCAGCAGCUCAACUGACCCCCUGCACCGCAAGCUCCACCACCUUUCCUUUGUCAACAGAAAGCGCACUGACGUCGAACUUGCAAAAUCUUUGCGUGCAAAAUUUGAGCCAGGUCCUGUCCUUAUUCUUGGCAAUUAGACCCCAGGAAUGGCCCGUCACCACGAGCCAAUUCGUGGCAAGGGGCUGCAGGAGAUGCCAAUAGGCCAGGGAUUCACUGUUUGUUUGAUCGACGAGUAUUGCACCUCAACGUUUUGCCCAGCAUGUAAGAGCAGGAUGGAGAAAUUUCACAAAAUUGAUGAUCCUCGUCUGAAGAAUCCCAAGCACAAGCACCACGUCGCAAUGGCAGCAGCAGCACCAGCAGAAUGGUCAGCAGCAGCAGCAGGAGGAGCAGGUAGCUGCAACAGGCGUUAAUACAAUUCCAACAGUAGAAAAGCCUCGCCAAAUUUUAUGACACAGCUUGCUCCAGUGCACAAUGAAAAACAGCCUGCAAAC